ACCAGGUUUUAAAGUCAUGUGUAUUUUGACAUUUCUACCCUAAUUAAUACAAUUGGAAUGGUCCAAGAAAGCACGAAAGAUGGCGGACGAUGUGCAAGAGUCUACGGAACCGGUGGAAAUACCAACUGAGAAACCAGAAGAUGUGUUUUUGAAUGGCGAUUCAAACGACAAAUUGGAAGAAUGUGAGGAUCAAAAUACCGACUGUGACUCUGAAUUACCGGAGAACGUGUUGCCGAGGAGAAGCAGCCUCAUGAACAAGGAUGCAGGCAACAGGCGACCUCAGCGAAAGAAAACAGUAUCAUUCAGUAGUAUGCCUACGGAACGGAAAAUUGCAACUGCCCAGGACUGCCUGGCGUACAUGCAGAAUGGCAGUGAGUUGAUAAAGGUGCGAUCCAAUAGUCGGCAGUACCACCGCUUCUUCUCGCUCAGCAAUGACAUGACGGAGAUACGAUGGCAGCCCACGUCAAAGAAAGCGCACAAAGCAAGAAUUGCUGUUCGAUCAGUCAAAGAGGUCCGGCAAGGAAAAACCACAGAUGCUCUUCGGAACAAGGAAAUUGCAGGGAUUUACCCCGACGAAUGCGCUUUUUCCAUAAUCUUUGGAGAGGAGUUCGAGUCGAUGGAUCUGAUCGCCAAUACGCCGGAUGAGGCGAAUAUAUGGGUUACUGGUCUUACCUGUCUCAUUAAUGCCAGUUCCAAAUCUCAGACCUCUCCCAAUGCUAUCGAAGACCUCCAACAGAUGAGAGAUACAUGGUUGCUGGAGCUGUUUGAGACAGCGGACUCGGGUCAGUCAGGGGUGCUGGAGGAGACGGAGGUGGUGAAGCUGAUGAGGAGGAUCAACUCUACCAUCACUACAUCUGUCAUCUAUCAGAAACUAAAGGAACUUGAGAUGAAAAGACAAGAAGGGAAAAGAGGACGGUUAAACAGUGAUGAGUUUAUCUCCCUCUUUAAAGAAAUCUCAACACGCCCAGAAAUAUAUUUUCUCCUCGUUCGGUAUGCAAGCAAUGCAGACUACAUGUCCACGGAUGACCUGUUGCUAUUUUUAGAAGCCGAACAAGGGAUGCAAAGAGUUACCAAAGAUAAGUGUCUGGAUAUUAUCAACAAAUUUGAACCUUCAAAGGAGGGACGAAGGAAAGGACAACUUGGCAUUGAUGGUUUCACAGAAUACCUCCUGUCUGACGAAUGUGAUAUUUUUGACCCAAUGCAUAAAAAAGUCUGCCAUGACAUGACACAGCCUCUAAGUCAUUAUUUUAUUGCCAGUUCGCAUAACACGUACCUAUUAGAAGAUCAGCUGAAGGGGCCGUCGAGUGUGGAGGGAUAUGUCCGAGCUCUGGAGAAAGGCUGUCGAUGUAUUGAACUUGACUGCUGGGACGGUCCAAACGACGAGCCUGUCAUCUACCAUGGACACACUCUCACCUCAAAGAUCUCCUUCAAGGCUGUCAUAGAGGCAAUACGAGACUACGCAUUUAUAAAGUCUGAGUACCCUGUGAUAUUAUCAAUAGAAAACCACUGCAGUAUCAAACAACAGCAGGCCAUUGCCCACUACAUGACCACCAUACUUGGGGACAAGUUGUACACAGAAUCUGCCGACGAAAAUGUCGAACACUUACCUUCUCCAGAAUUCUUCAAAGGCAGAGUCCUUAUCAAAGGUAAAAAACUGCCAAUCGCAACCAGCUCAGUCGAGGGCUAUGUCACUGAUGAGGACGAGGGGGCAGAACCUGACAAGAAGAAAAAUAGUAAACGGGAGGGGUCGGUCAAGAAGCACAAGCUGGUCAAAGAAUUGUCCGACAUGGUUGUCUACUGUGUGUCCAAGAGAUUUGAAGACUUUCAGGUUUCCCAGCAGAACCAAAAGUGUUGGGAGAUUUGCUCGUACAGUGAGUCCCAGGCUCUGAAGUUGGCGAUGUCCUCGCCAGAGGAAUAUGUCAACCACAACAAGCGAUUCCUGUCUCGCAUCUACCCCAAUGGUAUGCGCAUCGACUCCAGCAACUACAACCCCCAGGAUCUCUGGAACUGUGGCUGUCAGAUGGUGGCCCUGAACUACCAGACAGCAGGACUCAUGAUGGACCUCUACAAUGGCUGGUUCCACAAGAAUGGAGGCUGUGGCUUUGUGUUGAAACCUGCCAUCAUGAGGGAGGAGAUCUCAUACUUCAGUGCAAACACCAGGGAGGUCAUUCCAGGGGUGUCCCCCCAAAUACUUCAUAUAAAGAUUAUCAGUGGCCAGAACUUCCCCAAGCCCAAGGGUUCCGCAGCUAAAGGGGAGGUGACAGACCCCUAUGUCACCAUUGAAGUGUUCGGCAUUCCCUCGGACUGUGCCGAGGAGAGGACCAAAACUAUGCCGCAUAAUGGAUACAAUCCAAUCUUUGAUGAAAGCUUCGAGUUCCAGAUCAACUUGCCAGAGCUGGCUCUGGUGAGAUUCACUGUUCUGGAUGACGACUAUAUUGGGGAUGAAUUUAUUGGACAGUUCACAAUACCAUUUGAGUGCAUGCAAACAGGUUACCGACACAUCCAGCUAUUGUCAAACACCGGGAACCCCAUUGAAAACUGUACAUUGUUUGUACAUAUAGCAAUAACCAACAAGAGAGGGGGUGGGGCGUACAAACGAGGCUUGUCUGUGAAGAAAACGAAGAGGUAUCGGGACUACACCAGCAUGAAGUCAAUCGGAGUGAAAAAUAUAGAUGAAACAUUCAAGGUUGCAAUCCAGCCUUUGCGGGAUGGCACCGACCUGCGAGACAACGUGCAACUGGCCCUGAGUGGCUUCAAGGAGACGUGUGGUCUGCCUCCCAUCGCCAACAUCAAGCAGUGCAUCCGACUCCUGUCCACCAGAAUCACCAACUCAGGAGAACAGAGUCUGACAUACGUCAUGAGAGGCGAGUACCCAUCUCUUGAAGCACAAGGGAACCUGCCAGAUAUACUGAAGAAAGCUCUGAUGUCAUUUGAUGAUUUGAUCACAGAGUGCAGAAACCUUAUAGAAUGUGCAGAUAGUGUUUAUGAGAAGUUGCUGCACUGUCAGAGAGCUGGGAUGGAGUGGCACGAGGACCUGGAGAAUGUGUGUGUACAAGCGGGCCUCAAGAGCAAGAAGCUAACCAAGGCAACAGAGAACUUUGCUUGGAACAUCCGAGUGUUGAAAGGUCAGGCUGACCUGGUGAUGCAGGCUAAGAAGGACUGCCAGGAGUACAUCAGACAGAUCAAGGAAGCUGCAGUGUCAACAGGGCUGUCGAAGGAGUCAGCGGGGGCCGACGUCUGUAACAACCAUCAGUCGGAGAAAGCAGUCAUCACCGAUGAAUGAAUCAGCAGCCCUCAAGUCAACUGUCAGGAGUUUACACCAAAUAAGCUGCCUUACUCUCUUUGUUUGACAAGCAUGGAGGGAAACAGACACCAACAGUCCCGACCAGAAAGAAAUGGAAUACCUCAGCUAAACAAGACAAAGACAGAAUCAGUCGAGCAGGGGCAUAGAAUCUGUGAUUAGAAAGUAUAUGUACAUUUAUUUAAUCAACUGUGAUGCAGGUUCAUGUGUAUGUCAGGUUUGAAUAGAGGUGUGUUAUUGCCAUGUUACUGAUAUGGAAUAUAUAUCAUAAUGACAUGGGUUAUAUAUGAUGUUGGUGUGGAAUAUGCAUUUCAUGCAAUAUUCAUGAAUUUGAUGUGAUCAACAUUUUGUAUACAUGAUAUCGGUGUGAAAUAUACAAGUAUUCACAUGAUGAUGUGUGAUAUUGGCAUGUAUUAUAUCUGGACAAUGCAUUGGGUUAUAAAUAAGAUAUUGACAUGUUAUGUACAUGACCGUGAAUCAUGAACAGUUAUGACACAGGUGUGUAUAACCAAGUCUUUGAUCAUCAUCUACAUUGUAUUAAUGUAAAAUACAAACAUGUAAUAUACAUGCUAUUGACGUGUUAUACAUAGUCAUGACAUACACAUUUCUACAUUGUAUUAACAUACAAUACAAACGUAAUAUACAUGCUAUUGACGUGUUAUACAUAGUCAUGACAUACACAUUUCUACAUUGUAUUGAUGUCCAAUACAAACAUGUAAUAUACAUGCUAUUGACGUGUUAUUGACAAGCUAUACAUAGUCAUGACAUGCACUUGUCUGUCCCAACAGGAACAGGAACCUUGACUUUGUAUCCAUACCCUCAAUAUGCUCUUUUUCCAGAAUUGUUGACAAUGUGCCCUUGUCAGAUGAUGGGGUAAUUGUCUGACAUGAUGUUGCUGUUUCAUGACUGACAGUGACAUGAAUGAUGUAAAUAUUUUCUCUCUGCCACGUGGCAUCAGUGAUCAAUUUUGAUUAUAGAAAAUGAUAUUUGUUUUUGAUGUGAAAAUGCAAUUGAUUUAGAUAAUUGUUGUAUAGCUAAAUGUUAUCAUCAUUGAAAUAGGAUAAGCUAUGUUAUGUCUACUUAUUUUCUGUGAUUACUUAAUCGUCUCAUGACUGAAGUCAUCUGAAAAUUGUGAUUUGGAAUAAAAUCUUUUGAGACACAUUAUUUUUUAUAAAUCAAAUUACCUUGUCCCCCACUUGCUGCAAUUAAUGUUAUAUUUACUUCAGGUUUAAAGGAACUGCUGUUCCACUGAUGCAAAUAAGCACUAAAUAACCUUGGUCCUGUUACACAAAGCGAUCCUAGCGCUACGAUAAUCACAAGCCUAUGUUAAAGGCCAUGUAAUGUCAACAUAGCGACUUUGCGGAUUUUAAUACUUUAGAGCAUACUUAAUCACAAACGCUUGCCUAAAAUGAAAUUUGAUAAGCGCAAAAAUAGAAAAAAAGACCUUAAAAAACAACACACAAAAUCGUCCCCCAAACGAAAAAUUUCUCCUUUAAGGGGAUUCCCCUUUUUGGAGGUAAAACGGGUUCUGAGUGUUUGACGUGCUCAUUUCAAUGAUCAUGACAAUCAGGUCGAUACCUAGUCUGCCUGCUUCUGCCUCGGAUUCUGUAAUACAUUGUCUUUUUUCUGUCUGCUCAUUCAUUUGAUUACCGUAUCCACAACUUGUGUCACCUUAUUAACAACAUUGAAGAUGCCUUGAGUUGUUUACUGAGGGAAUUAAUCCCUGACAGGCAUUUAUUUUGUGGAACAGGGCCCAGGGAAACAGUUGUCACCGCUGCACCACCAGCUUUAGGCCACGCCCCCAAACAGGUUUGUUUUGGAAGCCAGUUACAGAGCGUGUGAUUUCAGCACUUUCUGCAAAUAUUAUGACUUUUUAUCUCCCAGACGUUGACUUAUGUAUUCAGUUGCCCUAUAAAGCAAUGGAGUUAAGAUUGACUUAGCACUAAGAUCUCUUUGUGGAAUGGGGCCUAGUAAUGUAAAUUAUACAUAUGUUUCAGUUAAAGUUGUUUGUAAAUAUAGACUUCUAAUUUCAGUAUGAGUAAUUUGAAGUUUAAAAAAAAUAUUUACACUUAUUUCCUUCUAAUGCAGAGUUACUGCAUACCAGAGAACAUAUUACACUGUUAGACAUUAUGGAAAAUGUGCAACCUUUAUUUGUCACUGUUGUUGUAUUUUGUGAACAGUACAGGGGAUUAGUUUACAUGCAGUGCAUCGACUCGCUGCAAGAUGUAAAUAGCCAUGAAGCAAGGUUGAAAUUGAACAGUUCAUCAUUUUGCAAUUUCUAGAGUACCAAUGUGUUCAUUCAUUGUACAUAGUCAUUGGAAGUUAUGUAUAUACUGAACCUCAGUCGGGGGUUAGGAAAUCAGUACUUUUGUAGCAUGUUACAUUACCUGCUUGAUAUCGGGCUGUGCAAUCAACUGGAUGCCAUAUGAAGUCUUUGUUUUUGUUUCCAAUAGAAUAAGUUGUUAGGGAUUUAUGAGAAUGAUUAUGUCAAAGUUGUUGGUAGGAAACUAGUUUUGUCAGUUCAGUUGUCAUGAAAGGGUUCUUGGUCAUAAUUAAAUUUGAUUGGUGAGUCCACGUAGAAAAAGUGUUCUUUGAGUUCAUACAUGAGAGGAGGUGCAAGUCUGUUUAUUCAACUUCUGAGAUGGUUAUUGUUUUAAUUAUGUCUCAACAAAAGUAACAAGCUUUAUUUAGAUCUUAAACAUGCAUGCAAAUAACUAAACAGACCAAUUUCAACUUUUUUUUUAUAUUGUUACAAAGUUACAAUAGUUUUUGUUAAAGGCUGCAUAUACUUGUACCAUAUUCAUCCAAGCAGUAUCUGAAAUGUUCCAUCAAAUUAUCAUAAUAAAACAAGAAGUUGAAAUCUUCAGGCCAAUUCUGUCUUCUUUGAUAUUUCAGCUUCGAAAUGCCACAUGAAAAGAGACUCUUUUUUUACAGAUAGGACUAUUAAAUACUUUAAUGAGCUAUUGGUAAAUAUGAAAAGUCAACACCAGACAAUAAUCAGUCUUGAUUAUGUGCCGAAACAGAUUCCAUGGGGUGUAUUUGAAUGGAAAUUGAAUAUGAAUGGGUAUGUGUACUGUCAUUGUUUUGCUAAUUGAUCUGCAAACAUUCGUUGACAAUGAUGACCAAAUUUUUCUUCUUUAAUUUUAUUUUGAGGUUAGAGGGAAAAUAUUUCAAAACUAUUUAUUUCAGUUUUGUUUAAAAUUUGAUUAUAUAUAUGCUCCUCACAACAAAAUAAGCAUCAACAAUUAUUUUUUGAAUAAGUCUUACAUAAGUGCAAAAUGUUUAUACCCAAAUACCCUAAAGGGGCAGAAAAAGUCACUGUACAAUAAACAAAAGGGUGAACCAUCCAUGGAAACAUAUACUACUCAAAAGAAGUUAAGGGCCACCUGAUUAUUUCAUAUAACUAGUAAUAUGAAAGAGUUCUUAACUUCUUUUGAGUUGUAUAUAUACCUCAACAUUCUACAAUUGCUGCAUUUCCAGUGGCAACUGAGGGUGGUAGCCAUUCCAGGUUUUCUCUAACAGAUUAGAAAGACGUCAUUUGUAUACCGUAAACGAAAGCAGUAAAUUGAAAUAGUUACUUUUCUUUGUAAUUAGCUUGGUAUUUAGUUGCUCUGUUUCAUGUUGGCUAGACUUGGCUGUACGUUGAUAUUUCUGUAUGUUAAAUGACAACUUGGAUAUCAAGUUACAACAGGCACCGGUUAUUUGUUAGGGGAGGUCACUAUGAAGAAAUUCCUGAGGGUUUUACCUUAAUAAACCAAUUAUGUAAUGUUCAUGAUUGUUAGCUACUUUGGAACUUCAGGUCAAGGAAUUGAAAACAAGACAAGACGAUUAUGGACAUUCAGAAUAUCUGGCCCUCCCUCUUUUAUUAUGAUUGCCCAUUUCCUUACAGUCAUUACACCCAGGAGACCAAGACUAACAUCUAGUCUCUGAAAUGAACAUAUUUUAAACUGUUGUUAGAUUAUAGCUAUGAUAGGAAAUAAAGAGAGGCCCAGAGGCUCGCUUCAUUUGCUGAAACUGCAGUAAUGUAGACUUGCCCACUAUUAUAGACUUGCAUGGGCUGUAUUGGAUAUGUUUGUUUCAGGGUCUGUAGGACAGACUACAUGGAGAUCUUCAAGAUCUUUGUACAGAAUUUUAUGUACUGCCCAAGACGACCUUCCUGCAAUUAAACAGGAAACUCCUUGUUUGCAAAUAAAUUGUUAAAUUUCAUUUGUCCGUCCUAACAACUUAACAAAUUUGUAGAAGUUCAGUUUGAGCAGUUGUUGUUAAGAAAUGAACAUUGAUAGAAGUUUUGUUUCUGAUUCUUGAGGUGAAUACUUGGACAUAAUAUUCUCCAGGAAAGUAGUGUAAGUUGUUGCCUAAAUCUACUGUAUAUUGUGCUUAUCUCAUUUAAAUAUGGUAUUUUCCUGUAACUUACUUUGUAUAUGAAAGCUUCAGAUGGUUAUUGUGUCUCUCUAUUCUAAUUGUCACAAGAGGCACCAUGUAGCAUGUCAAGUGAGCAACAUGUUGAUGUUUUGGUUCAUGCAAACUAUUGUUUCAAGAAAGCUUCACUGGGUGUCAUUGGUUUGACCAAGCAGUCAAUAGUCAUUUGUCAGUAAUAGGGGGUACAGAAGAAUAAACUUCAAUAAAUAGUUUUAAUGUACUCACCUACAGAUUACCAGGAAGGAUUGCUGUAACAUGUGGUCUUGAAACCAUAUGCUUGUGAUCGUUUGUUUUCCUAACAUUAGUAUCCUUCAAGUGACUUCUUUAUUUGAAACCCUAGUUCAUGGACCUUUACUGGUUUCCCAGAGAGUUGUUUGUUUCCAGCAACUAUAGAUCGGUUCAUUGCUAUUUCAUUUAGGCAACAUAUUUAAUCUCAAAUGACAGAGUUCAAAGCUUUGAGACACAGGUCAACUGUUUUUACAUGUAGCCAACAUUUGCAUACAUGUAUAAGAAAGUACAAUUACUGUGAAAAGAAUUGAGAAGUUGUGCUGAAAUGUUAACAAAUGGUUACCAGGCAAUGCUUUGGCGAAAUGUGGAGGCAGUAAACUAUUUUAUUGCCUAUUUGUUUGACACUGUUCUCAUCUUGAGGAAGAAAAGCUGCCCUGAAUGCUCGUAAUGAUGUCAUCAAUGAUGGACACUGUUUGUAAUAGUUUGGACAGAUAAGGCCUUUGGUUUGGAGAAAACUGAUACUUUCAUGUAGAAUAAUACUAAAGAGAAUUAAUUUAUAGUUGUAUGUUUUCAGUGAAAAACUUCAUGUGACCAAACUCUGCAUAGAACCUUAUGUCUCGACUUUUGAGCAUUCUGUAAUGAACAUGUGAAGUUUAAUUUAGAAGUGGUAUAAUGUUUCAGUUAUACUGAUAGUACUUUCUAUUCAUCAUGAUAUGCAGUGAUAUAUAGUUCAAGAAACCAAUGUAGUGCACUUUGAGUAUGCAAGCUAUGUUUUCUGCCUUCCUUAUUCAUUGUCUUAUUUUGUUGACUUUAUGUAGCAUCUUUUAUUCUAUCAUUCGUCACUUGCAGUUUUUGAAAGUUCUCCCUGGUUCAUCUGCAUAUGAACAGAAGCCGUUUUCUUGACAAGUUUCUUGUAUUUUUUUAGAAAAAAAAACUGUUGGCAAGAAGCCAGAAUGUUGACAUGAAGGUCCACCAUCUAUAUUCCCAUUAUUUCUACCCAAGCUCUAAGUAUUAAUCCAGAUACCCAGUAUGUACAAUUAUGCUCAUUGUUUGUUUCUUGUAUAAAAGAAAUAUCUAUUUAUAUUUACUUGUUAUUGUGUCAGAACCUAUCGGAACAGAGGUGACUUCAUCAUGUUCCAAGAACAUUUGGUCAUGUAUCCUUUCCCUUCAUCGUACCAAGGCUAAUGCUAUUGUUUUAUUAGCCUUGGUUAUAUAUAGAAAUAGCCUGUGUAAAGGACAUGCAGUGGACAUCAGUUCUAAGUCAACAUGGAACAUAAUUCAUUGAUCUCUCUACUCAAUGCUUCCAACCCUCCAGUGUUGCUCAAUUUAUGAACAUUCAUGACCUGUAGUUUCAGAGAAAUGAUUGAUGUGUAACAAGUAUGUACAUGUGCCAGUCUCAAUUUUGUAGAAGCAAUGGAUUAGUUCCUCAGUGUCAGAUGAAUUUGGAGAACUGUUGACAUUCAGCUCCCUAACCUCAUCAUCUGAAAACAUCUUAUAAUAACAAAUGAAGCUACCAAUAUCAUUGUUACACUUUACAUGGUCAGUGCAUAUGUAAGUUGCAAGACGUUAGAAGUUAAUAUGUAUUCCACACUAGCAAGUCAUUACCUAGUUCUUUAAGUUUAUUCUGUAGCUGCAUUUUCUGUCUGAGCAGGUCCUGUCCACAACUGAUGCCACAUCAUCAGCAUCUUCCGUCACAUCUUUGCAAUAUUAUGUUUGGUCUGAUAAGUGUAUAUAUGGUGUUGAACGCAUGCACACUUAGAGAUUACAGAAUAGGAGCUGCUUGGAGGAAAGAAUGGGUAGUCCUGCUUGUAUUCGAAAUCUUUGACUAUCUGAAAAAUUAUAAUUUUCUGCAUUGUGUCUUUGUUGAUGAAAAGAUUUUUGACAGAGGAAGAAUAUGCAUCUGAAGGCAAAGAGAAGGGUUGUCAUGAAAACCAAAUUAACACAGUCCCUGAUAAAAAUGUUGAUUACUUCUAAUGAGUUAAUUUCUUACAAAUUGACACCUUCUGGGCUGUUGGUUUUACACACUGACACUUUCUGGGCUGUUGGUUUUGCAACUGCAGUUCAGUUGGGAGAAACUAGGACUUAUGUAGAUUUGAAUUUUGCUAUGGGCAUUAUCACAACAAUAGCCUCAGAAUGUAAGAAAUGACGUUCAUUGAAUGUACUUUCUUUAUUGCGCCCAACAGGGUGUCUUUGGUCAGAUCUGCACAAAACUACAACCAUACAAGAAAUCUUAGAAGCCCUUUGAUGUUGGAAAAUAAUCUACCAGGUCAACAUUGCCUUGAUAUGUAAAUGCUUGACAUUAGUCGAUUCCUAUUUGCUGCAAGUCUUUAGCUAUUACGUUGCUGUAUGUGUUUUGACCCACAUUACAUUGAGGUUUCAAGGCACAAGACAACAUUGACUGUGACAUGAUUUGUUUUAUCCUAGGUUUUGAUGUUGAGCAUGACAUGAGCAUCUUGCCUCUACUGUUACUUGGUCCUGUCAGGAACUUGAACUGUGACCUGAUGCUGCUCUGCGAGAGCCUUGACAUGUCACCUGUGUUACACUAUCAUGGCACUGUUAUGGAUCUGUCUUACAAUCACUUGUUAGACAGAAUAUAAAGCAGUUUAUAAGCAAAUAAA